AUGAGCGGUUAUCGUCCACUUUUGAAGAAGCCCAAAAUCGAACCCGAGGAAGAAGAACAAGACGAUGAUGGCUUUCCUGAAGAGGAAUCUAAUGAAGAAAAACUGGGGGAGCAGAUUAGGAAUGAGCAGGAAGAAGCACUCGUGGCCUUAAUAGAGCAUCGGACAAAAGAAGUCGAGCACCUACGCCAGCGUAUUAGUUAUUAUAAAUCCCAGCUUGAUGAAGCAGAGAAGAGAUUAGAGGAUACCCAAACUAAAUUAGUUCGUCUUCGAGGAUGGAGUGAAGAAAAAUCUUCUAAAAAUUCAUCUAAUGGUAGAGACGAGGUUAAAUUUGAAAGAAAAGCUCAAAGCCCUUCUCAGAAACAGUCUCUGCCUCAUCUUCAGGAUGCUCUGAAGAAGCCCUCUGUAGAUAAUCCGGACCGUGGAAAUUAUUCCAAAAACCAAAUCCAGCCUAAGCUACCACUAGUGAUUCCCACAGUUAAGGCAAUGGAACCAGGAAAAAAAACGUGUGGUGUAUCUGGUUCUGGUCAACCAUCGACUUCAUCAGCACUUACUAAUGCAAAUAGUGUCACAAAGUUGAAGGGUGAAAAAACUCGUAAAACAUCAGCGGAGCAGGAAGACAUGGAAAUUCAACCUAAAGGGACAAAAAGGAAAAUUGAGCAGAAAGAACAUGUAGAUUUGAUUCCAUUGGUUGCAAAAAAGUCUUCACCAGUCACAAUUCGCUGUCAUGGUGGCCCUCUGUUAUCCAGUCAACACAAAAGAAAGCUUCGGAGUCUUGCUUUAUGUCCAACAAAUGAUCAGUUAUUCGUGACCAGCGCGUUGGAUGGAAUGGUCAACCUAUGGCAACUUCAGGGACGAGGUUCUUGUGCCGAUCUUCUAAGUAGUACUGAUUGUCAAUCUGACAAGCAGAGGAGAUGGCCAGAAGAUAUUGCUUGGCAUCCUCAUGGAAACAAAGUUUUCUCGGUUUAUAGCGCGGAUGGUGGGGAUUCUCAGAUAUCAAUAUUGAACCUAAAUAAAGGGCGAGAGAAAACUCGCGUGAGCUUUCUAGAAGACAAGCCCCAUGUCAAGGGCAUCAUAAACAGCAUCACGUUCUUGCCAUGGGAUGAUAGAUCAUUCGUCACGGGUGGAAAUGAUCAUGCCGUGGUGCUGUGGACUGAGAAAGAUGGAGAAGAAGACUUGUGGAAGCCCAAAUCGCUGCACAGGAACCACCACUCGUCGGCUGUGAUGGGACUUGCCGGAAUGCAGCACAAGAAUAUUGUGAUGUCAGCGGGUGCCGAUAAAAGAAUUAUUGGGUUCGAUGUGAUGACUGGACGGGCAGAUUACAGGCACCAGAUUGACAGCAAGUGCAUGAGUGUCUUGCCCAACCCGUGUGAUUUCAACCUCUUCAUGGUCCAAACAGGGACCCCCCAGCGACAAAUCCGGCUGUUUGACCUCAGACUGAGGCAGAUGGAGAUUCACUCAUUCGGGUUCAAGCAAGAGAGCAGUGAAUCACAGUCUGCCCUUAUAAAUCAGGCGUGGUCUCCAGAUGGCUUCUACAUCUCAUCAGGCUCGGUGGACCCUGUUAUUCACAUCUUUGACAUAAGGUGGACGACCGUCGAUUGCGGCUGGCCGCAAUCGCUUGGAAAAUGCCGGCUGGCGAUUGCGACCGGUUUACGCACCAGCAGUUGUAAAAUGCGGCCUCAUCUCGCGCGGUCGGGCUGGACAUCGCGGUCGCCCCGUCUUUGGCCGCCCGCCUAG